AUCGAGAUCUACUACUGGUUUUACUAGAAAGAACUUUGUCAGAGAUGUUGUUAUUAUUGAUUACUGGAGCUCUGGUCAUGCUACUCGUCUGGGAUUACGGACGAAGGAGUCUGCGACUGCACUUUUUCGAGAGAUCCAAGAUCUCGGGACCAGUUUCGAUUCCUAUAUUGGGCAACGGUUUGCAGGCCUUGUUCUUCAGGCCAGAGAAUUACAUACAAAAAUUCGGCGACUAUUUCAAUAAAUAUGGUAAAACCUUUCGCCUGUGGGUCCUGGGAGAAUGCCUAGUUUACACCACGGAUCUCAAGUACUUCGAGGCCAUUCUUAGCAGUGGCACCCUAUUGAAAAAGGCUCAUCUCUAUCGAUUCCUGGAUGAUUUCCUCGGCGAUGGCAUCCUUUUGAGCACGGGACACAAAUGGACUUCACGACGAAAGGCUCUGGCCCCAGCAUUUCAUUUUAAGUGUCUGGAAAACUUUGUGGAAAUCAUGGACAGAAAUAGUGGAAUUAUGGUGGAAAAGCUGAAGAAGGUGGCAGAUGGCAAGACGUCCGUGGAUCUUUUCAAGUAUGUUUCUCUGGAGGCUCUUGAUGUGAUCACAGAGACUGCCAUGGGUAUCCAGGUGAAUGCCCAAAGCGAUCCGAACUGUCCCUACACUAAGGCUCUUAAGAGCGUGGUCUAUAUAGAAUCCAAUCGCCUAGCAAGUGUUUCUCAACGUUACGACUGGCUUUUCCCCAUUGCCGCCCCUUUCGUUUACCGCCGAUUGCAAAGGGAUAUCCGCCUUAUGCAGGACUUCACAGACAAGGUCAUCCGGGAGAGACGAGCCAUUCUAGAGCAGUCAAAGGCUGAUGGCAGCUAUCGUCCUAUAAUUAUGGGAGAUGAAGAGACUGGCAAGAAAUCCAAGAUGGCUUUACUGGACAUCCUCCUACAAGCCACAGUAGAUAAUAAGCCGUUAACUAACAAGGAUAUUAGAGAGGAAGUCGAUGUCUUUAUCUUCGCUGGAGAUGACACUACCACUAGUGGAGUGUCCCACGCCUUGCAUGUCAUCUCUAGGCAUCCCAGAGUCCAGAAGUGCAUCUACGAAGAACUAGUUUCUGUGCUGGGUCAGGAUCCCGAUGCCCCAGUGACCCAGGCCAAGUUACUGGAACUAAAGUAUCUCGACUGUGUGGUCAAGGAGACAAUGCGUUUGCAUCCACCAGUUCCUAUCUUAGGAAGAUUCUUACCCAAAGACCUUCAAGUUGGGGAUAAGGUCAUUCCCGGCAAUACCAGCAUUUUACUCAUGCCUUACUACGUCUACCGAGAUCCGGAGUACUUCCCAGAUCCUUUGACUUUCAAGCCGGAACGUUGGUUGAAUGGUAAGGAGGCCUCAACUGUACCUUUCACUUAUAUUCCCUUCAGUUCGGGACCAAAGAACUGUGUUGGCCAGAAGUUUGCCAACCUCCAACUGAAGACGCUAAUAAGUAAGGUUAUACGGCAUUACGAACUACUACCACUUGGCGAGGACUUAAAGCCAACUUACACAUUUAUUUUAAGUUCGUCUUCGGGAAAUCAUGUUGGCCUUAUGCCUAGGAAAAAGGUUAACUGAAAGGAAAAUAAUUAAUAAGGUUAAUUGAGAAGUCUGCUCGUUUUUAUAAACGUUUUUCAUAUUAAACUAUAAACAUAUAUAUAUACUAUA